UUUCCACGCGCAUUUUCUAGUUAGCUAUCACAGCAAAGUGUGUGCUUCAGCGCGACUGUAACUGUCUUUAAACGGCGUAGAGCUAUACUCUCAAAAAAGACUAAAAAUAAUUUAUUCCAAAAGAAACCCUAAAGCGUCUUUCAUAUCUACAGGUGUGCGCCACAGUCUUGGGGACAGAUUGAGAGGGUACGGCUAGACAAGCGGAGACUUCAGUUUCAUCGAGUCAAAGUCGGUCCCUCUUGGAGUCACUUGUCGGGAGCGUGAGGAGAACUCGGGAAACAGAAGAGUUGUAAGAGGGAGAGGGGUCCCGCCAUCACCAGCAUGAUGUCCUACAUAAAGCAGCCUCACUACGCAGUGAACGGGUUAACGCUGUCCGGAUCGGGCAUGGAUCUCCUGCACUCAGCCGUAGGCUACCCAGGAUAUUUGGCCACGCCUCGUAAGCAGCGCCGGGAGCGGACCACCUUUACGCGCACGCAGCUGGACAUCCUGGAGGCCCUCUUCACCAAGACUCGCUACCCAGACAUCUUCAUGAGGGAGGAGGUGGCUCUCAAAAUCAACCUGCCUGAGUCCAGAGUGCAGGUGUGGUUCAAGAACCGCAGGGCAAAGUGCCGUCAGCAAGCGCAGCAGUCCAGCGGGCAGCCCAAGCCCCGCCCGCCAAAAAAGAAGUCAUCCCCUCCCACGGAGUUGACCUCUGACCCCGGUGCCAAUGUCCAGGUGGCGCCCCCGCCCGCGCCCUCCUUGGUGCCCAGCGCCAGCGUGGGGCAGGCGGCGGUGUCGGUGUGGAGCCCCACCUCACUGUCGCCGCUGUCCGACCCGCUGUGCAGCUCCACCACGCCCUGCAUGCAACGGCCCGCCCCGUACCCCAUGAGCUACGGCCAGCCGUCGGCGUACAGCCAGGGCUACGGCUCCUCGCCCUACUUCAGCGGCCUGGACUGCAGCCCCUACCUGUCCCCCAUGACCUCCCAGCUGUCCACCGGCGGGGGCGCCCUCAGCCCCCUCACCGUCCCCUCCAUGAGCGGCUCGCUCAGCCACUCGCCGUCCCUCUCCUCCCAGGGCUACGGCGCCUCCUCGCUGGGAUUCAGCUCCGUGGACUGCCUGGACUACAAGGACCAGCAGGCCUGGAAACUCAACUUCAGCACCGUGGACUGCCUGGACCACAAGUUUCAGGUGCUGUAGGAGGAUGGAAGCAGACGAGGAGAAGUGAGAGAGAGAGAAGGAGAGAGAGAGAGAGAAGAGAACAAAGGAACGAGAGCAGUAGAGAGAACGAGGAAAACAACACAGACGAAGACUGAGAGAAAAAGAGAGGAGUGAAGGAAGACAUGACGAGCAAAUGAAAUGAUAAUAAAACUGUCAACAAACCCAUUGCUGAAAUAACUGCUAUUGGACAGGAUGUCAUUCAUCAAAGAA